AUGAGAGUUUUGAUCGUUCUUUCUGCCUUAACCGGCUUGAGUCAGGCUGUCGUCGUCGCCCCACGACAAGCUGUCAGUCCUUCAGAAGUUGCAGUCACAUCGACCACCCUCAGUACAGUCACAAACACCAUUACCACUGCCUACCCUGUUAUCACUACAGCGACUACCUGUAAUGUAGAUAGCGUAAUCCCAAAAGGCACUUGCUCGGCCGGCGCAGUUUGGUCCCUGACCGGAGGCAAUUAUUAUUCUCAGCAGUGCGGUGCAUCGCUCAUUGGUGGAACUGUUAUUCGUGCCUAUGUCGAGCCCGUUGGAGCUGCUGCCACUUCUAUCUGUGUAUCCUUCUGCAACGCUCUCAACAAUCUGAAAACAUCUGCCAGUUCAUGUAACGGAAUUGUGUUUACCACUAUUGGUGCUCUUUAUGAGUGCUUCUUGAAUAAUGGACCAGUCACUCAAGUACCAGCUCCGGCAAGCGUUUUCAACAUUGUGCAAUUGACAACCAAUCCUUGUGUUGUCACGAGCACUGCGUUUCAAACAGACUUUUCUUACGAGACAGUUACGUCUACAAUCGAAGUCGUUUAUACUUCGACUGUAACUCCAUCUGCUGCUGCCAGUACUUUAGCGGAAACAACCACCAGCACUUCUGAAAUCUCUUCAGUCGCGGCAACCACCAGUACCUCGGAAGUUCCAUCUGCAGCCGCAACCACCAGUGUUUCUGAGAUCCCUUCAGCCGCUGCCAGUACCUCUGUCAUCGUCAUCUCUUCGACCGAUGCAACCACCAGUACUUCCCAGGCCUCAACCUUAAUAUCAACCAUCUCCCCACCCAAUGCAACCAUCAGUACUUCCGAAAUCGCCUCCGCAGCAACCACAACCUUACUUUCUACUAUCUCCCCAUCCAAUUCAACCACCAGUACUUCCGAACUCCCCUCCGCAGCAACCACAACCUUAAUCCCCACCCUCUCUCCAACCAACACAACAAUAAUCACUUCCCAAACCUCCGCAGCAGCCCCAACCUUGGUAUACACCAAUUCCUCAAUCUCCAUCUCCACAAUCACCUCCCAAACCCUCUCCUCAGCAGCUCCAACCCUAAUCUUCACCAACUUCACAACAACCACUACUUCCGCUGCCGCCGCAUCUUCCAGUACUGCAGGGGAUGACGACAACGACAACGAUGACGGUGAUGAUGACGACGAUGUCUGCUAUUACGACGACGAGGAAGAUGAAGAUGAGGAAGAAGAUGAUUAUUAG